ACCCUGAACUAGGAAACAGUCUGCUCAGGUUACGGUUAGCGGAGAGUUGUUCAGUGUUUGCUGUUACUGAGAGGUGACCUUAUCAGUAAACAUGAGAGGUUUAAUCAGCCUGCUAAGGUUUCGCACACUGUGCUUCCCUACUACAGCAUAAGAACACGGAAGCACCACAUGGCCCAAUAUUGUUGGAUGCAAAUGAAGGUAUUAGGUUAAGUAGAUACACUCGCAUUAGGUGAGGCACCCCUGAAGGCGCAGAAGGAGGGGUCUGGGGUCAAUAGACUGUACUCCGGUGGAUGUUAAAUACUCUGCAGAAGAUGAUACAGAAUACAAAAAGUUCUUAUCUCCAAAUUUGUCCAGUGGGAUGCAGAAAUUUUCCCAGGGCGUAACAGGACAAAGCUUUGGUUACAGCACCCAAUCUGAAGACUCUGAAAGGCCGAUCAGCCGUUAUUCUAUCCCUUAUAAAAAGGAUUUGCCAUAUGAUAUAGUGGAACUAAUGGAAGAGGUUGAAGGAAAGGGUGGAUUUUUGCCAAAUAUUUUUAAAGCGUUGGCACGUCGACCAGAUGAAUUCAGAGCAUUCUUUGCUUACUAUGACACUCUUCUAAAUAAACAGUCAGGCAAUUUAUCUAAAGCUGACAGAGAGCUUAUUAUUGUGGCUACCAGUGCAAGCAACAGAUGUCCUUACUGUGUGGUUGCUCACGGCGCUCUACAUAGAAUUUAUUCCAAGAAACUUGCGUUGGCUGAUCAGGUUGUCAUUAACUGGGAACUAGCAGAACUGAGCAAGAGGGAACGUGCCAUGCUAGAUUUUGCUCUAGCAAUUGCCAAGCCUGAGAACAUCACUGAAGAGCACUUCUGUAAACUUGAGGAACAUGGUUUUGACCGUGAAGAUGCUUGGGACAUUGCAAUGAUUACAGCCUACUUUGCAAUGGCCAAUCGCAUUGCUCACUUAAUGGAUCUGCGUCCAAACAAGGAAUUUUAUUCUCUUGGAAGAAUUCCCAGAGAAGUAACCGAAGGACAGAAAGCUUGAAAACAAUUUGUACACCUCACCCAGCCUUAAUUUUGUACAGUGUAAAUGGUGCAUAUCUUUUAGUGUUUGAGGUCCACACCAAAGCCAUGAUAAAAUGAGCUCUCUUCUUGAACAAGUGUUACAAAAACUGGUUUAGUCACUUAAUCCAUCCUAGGCUCAUGUAGUGUGACCCUCUAAAUUAUAGUCUAUGUGCACGAUUCCAGGACAGGUUAUGACAUCAUUUUCUAUGUUUGUUUGUUUGUUUUUUUCUUUUUGACUAAUGUGGGGGGAAAAAAAUGCACGCACACAGACACCAAAAAUGAUUUCCUCUCUGGACUGACUUGGAAAAGCCUGCAAGCUAAAUUCCAAUCAAAACUGUUAUAUGGAACACCACACUUUUAUUAUGAUCUAAUAUUUCUAUUAAAGAAUCAAAUGUAUGUUUCCAAAGCAUUUGACUUGCAUAUAAUGCUAACAAUAAAUAGGAAAUAAAUAAGCAAA